GUCCUGGAUCAGUUCGAGAGCAGAUCAAGAUGAUCAAUGAGAAGUUUGCUGGAGCAGCUGGCAGCCAGUGGCCCGGACAGGAACCUGGAUCUCUGAGGAGAGACGGGAAAGAGCAGCUUGGAGAUUUCUUUGGAGGAUCAAACUCCUACGCAGAGUGUUACCCCGCUACGAUGGAUGACCUGGCUGUGGACAGUGAUGAGGAGGUGGACUACAGUAAGAUGGACCAGGGUAAUAAGAAGGGUCCUCUGGGUCGGUGGGACUUUGACACUCAGGAGGAGUACUCUGAUUACAUGAACAACAAGGAGGCACUGCCAAAGGCUGCCUUCCAGUACGGCAUCAAGAUGUCUGAGGGCAGAAAGACGCGGCGCUUCAAGGAGACCAAUGAGAAGGCGGAGCUGGAUCGCCAGUGGAAGAAGAUCAGUGCCAUCAUCGAGAAGAGGAAGAAGAUGGAGGCUGAUGGGUGAGUACUUCCUGUUUCCUGUCAGCAUCUACUCAGCCAAUCAGAAGAGGGCGCGGGCAGUGCUCGCCACUUCUGUUAAUGUAUACAACAAACAGUGGACGACAAACAGUAAACAAAGACAUAAACAGUAAACAGUCAAUAAUAAAGAGUAAACAGUCAAUAAUAAAGAG